UUGCUCCUCUACAUCGCGCUUCCACCUCGUUGGAACGAAGGAUUGUUUUGGGCGUAUACGGUGCUGCAAACUUUUGUAUCGCUGUCAGUCACCGUGGAAGCGGUGCACUCCAUCAGACCUGCCAUACUGGCGCGUCGUGCCAGACGCAAGGCGGAGAAGGAGGGCUUUCCUGAUCUGGCCCGCGAGAAGGAUUGUCCCUUUUUCGACAUUGUGGUCGUAGCCUACCUGCCGAAUGAGGCCGACAUCAUCUUAAAGCAGAUGCGCUACAUCAUCCGACAGCUUCGCUACUCCGCGUCUCGAUUCAAUCUCAUGGUGGUCUACAACACGCCAAAGCCCAUGGAAGCUCUGGAAGCGGAAAUGCAAGCUCUAGCGGGACGUUACGAUAAUGUACAAGUGCACAAGGUCUUGGGUAGUAAGAGCAAGUGCGAUAAUGUGAAUUACUACUUGAAGAAUGUGUCAAGCAUAGCGGACAUCGUCGCCAUUUUCGAUGCUGAUCACUGUCCAGAAGCUUGCGCGCUUCAUUGGGCGGCAAGGUGCUUCAAGACUGGAGAUAUCGACGUAGUUCAAGGGAACAUCCAUGCCUCAACUAUGCUGACGGAAACCCUCCUAUGUACAGGUCGUUGCUGCAUCUACAACUUCGACGAGACCUGGCUCACACGUUUGGUUGCAGCCGAGUUCGACGCCAUCUACGGAUGUUUUCACCUUGGGCGCGCAGCUGGUGAGUUCGGCGGGUCGAACGGCUACUGGAACGCAUCACUAUUGCGCUCCCUAGGCAUGGACGGUCGUAUGCUGACCGAAGACAUUGAUGCAACCAUGCGAGCCAUCACUAGCGGCGCGAGAGUCGCCUACGACAUCAAGAUCGUGUCCUUCGAGACCGCUCCAACGACUUUCAAGGCGUUGCUCAAACAGAGACUUCGCUGGUCACAAGGGUGGACUCAAGUAGCUCUGCGUCACUCCUUGACGGCGAUCAAGAGAGGUGCGCACGGUGCAAAGCUCCGCAGCCGGCUUGGAAUGUGGUUCCUCCUCCCCUUUCGCGAAAUGUACUUUUUGAGUGCUGCGGCCAUUGCUCAGCAUGUCUCUUUGCAGACUUGCUUGCUGUUGGCAUACGUGAUUCUAAAUCCGCCUCGCACCUUCGCGGACUUCUGGUACGGUCUGACCGGAUAUCACGUCACCAACUGGUUGCUGGCUUUCAAUAUAAUCAGUCUUGCCACUGUGUCCAUGAUCAACCUGCGCAACCGAUCUCCCUUCACAAGACCCUGGGCAAUCAUUCUCUUCGGCAUUUGCUGUCCACUUUGGUUUACCAUGUCGAGCAUUGGAGCAGUCUUUGCUCAUUUCCGCCAAGUUGCCAAGUACGAGAAGUGGAACCCCACUGCCCGCGGAGCGCCAAAGCCCAAAGUAGUCAUCGCCGCUCCUCGCGUCGACGCAGAGUAG